AUGGUCGAGACGCAGCUGGAGCCCAAUACCAUCAUCUACAACGCUGGGAUCAGUGCAUGCGAGAAAGGUCGGAAUUUGCAGCAGGCCCUGUCGCUGCUUGACGAGAUGGUCGAGACAAAGCUGGAGUCCAGUGCUUGGAUGAGCGCUUGCGUGAAAGGUCAGCAGUGGCAGCGGACCCUGUCGCUGCUUGACGAGAUGGUCGAGACGAAGCUGGAGCCCACUGCCAUCAGUUACAACGCUUGGAUCAGCGCAUGUGAGAAAGGUCAGCAGUGGCAGCGGACCCUGUCGCUGCUUGACGAGAUGGUCGAGACGAAGCUGGAGCCCACUGCCAUCAGUUACAACGCUUGGAUCAGCGCAUGUGAGAAAGGUCAGCAGUGGCAGCGGGCCAUGUCGCUGCUCAGCUGGAUAGUCGAGACGAAACUUGAUGUCCAUACCAUAAUAUGCAAUGCUUGGAUCCGUGCUUGCAGAGAGGUCAGCAGUAGCAGCAUGCCCUGUCGCUGCUCAGCGAGAUGGUCGAGACGAAGAUGGAGCCCGUUGUCAUCAGCUAUCGUUCUGGGAUGA